UUAGAAAAUGAGCAAUUUGAGGAGUUAAUAAUUCAACCAACUUUGAGUUAUUAUGAUCGAUAUUUUCAUAGAGCACCUGCCCGGACAUACGGAGGUUUAGGGUGGAGAAAUAUGUGGUCUCGACUUCAAGAAGAUGCUGCUGCUUGUCUUCAACUCCUACGAAUGUCACUACCAUGUUUCCGAACACUAUGUAACAUGCUACAAACGAAUUAUGGUCUGAAACCAACUUCAAAUGUAAGCAUUGAAGAAAGUGUGGCUAUAUUUUGCGUAUAUGCGGGCACAAUGAAGUUCAAAGAGAUGUUGGGUUGAGAUUUGGAUGAAAUCAAGAGACUGUGAAAAGAAAAUUUAAAGAAGUUCUUAAAGCGACGAAAUUACUUGCAUGCGAUUAUAUCAGAACUCCAACAAGACAAGAACUAUACCGAAUUCCUGAAAGACUUCAAGUACAUCCAAAAUAUUAUCCAUUUUUUAGUGGAUUUGUUGGAGCUAUGGAUGGGACUCAUGUUUGCGUAAAAGUACCACCAGAAUUACAAGGAAUGUACUGGAAUCGACACGAUAAUGCAUCGUUGAAUAUUAUGGCAAUUUGUGAUCUAAAUAUGCUAUUCACAUAUAUAUGGAAUGGAGUACCGGGAUCUUGUCAUGAUACAGCCGUUCUCACAAUGGCACAAGAAAGCGAUCCUGAAUUUCUUUUGCCUCCAAUGGAAAACUAUUAUGUCGUUGACUCAGGUUAUCCAAAUAGGCAAGGAUUUUCGGCUCCAUAUAAGUCAUCACGAAACAACGUUGUCAGAUAUCAUAUGUCACAGUUCAACUAUGGUCCUGCUCCACGGAAUAAAGAAGAAUUAUUUAAUCAAUAUCAUGCGUCUCUACGUUCAGUUAUCGAGAGAACUUUUGGAGUUUGGAAGAAAAAAUGGAGGAUUCUUUGUGAUUUUCCAAUAUAUAGUAUCAACAUACAGCAGAGAGUGGUCAUGGCUACAAUGGGAUUGCAUAAUUUUAUAAAGAUUUCAAACUUUUCAGAUGCAGAUUUUGCUGAAGUUAUGGCAGAAACAUGAGGAUUCAAUACACAAGCAGAGACUGAUUUUCAUACCGAUUUAGAUGAUGUGGAAACAAUUGAAGUGACAGAUGGAGGACAUAUGAUGCAAAUAAGAGAUAAUAUUGCAAAUAUGCUAUAGGAAAAUCAAUAAAAUAAACGUAUUUUCUUAUUGUAAUUUAUUUGUACUUUAUAAAAAAUGUAACUUUAUUGUCAAAUAGAAUUUUAUUUUAUAUAUUCAGUACUAUUUAGUUUAUAAACACCAUUCAAGCAUUUUGAUAUAAACUUUUACGUUUUCUAUUUUAAAUAACAAAUUUAAUUAAUUUUGUUAAGUUUCUCUUAUACAAACCGCAGUUAAACACCAUUCAAACAUUUGUCCCGCACUUUUUAUUAUUUUGGUCACCAUUCACAUAUUUCUUAAACCGCUUUUAUUAGAUGAACCGCACUUGUCCCGCAGUAUGCGUUUUUCUAACACAAAACCGCUCUUAAACCGCACCGCACUAAUCAAUCCGCCUGUCCCGCACCGCACUAAUCAAUCCGCUUGUCCCGCACCGCCCAACCCGCUGUUACCAUUCGGAGCCUGAGUUGGAAAAUGAUCAUAACAACACUUUCCGUACAGCACCUCAUAAUUCAUAGUAAUAGUAUUAUUUAAUAUCGAAUAAUAAUAUUCAUGCAUAUCAUAACCAACAAUCAAUCGUACAUAUCCAUCACAUCAAUCAAUAUCAUUCACGAAAUUCAUUAUGGUAGUACUCUCUAAUUUAAUUAACAACUAGAUUUCGAUCCACACAUACGUGCGGAUAUAUGUUUAUUUUAUGUUUAUUUUUAAAAAUAAUAUUUGCCUAUAAAAUUAGUUAAAAGAUAUUUAUAUAAUAUCAAUUUUAAGUAUAUAAUAUUUUGAAAGUUUUAUAUUUGUUGAAAUUUGUCUCUGAUAAAACUGUACUAAUCAUAUAUUAAUCAUUAUUUUGUUUAUUUAUUUAAAAAUGCAACAUAAUAAUAAUAGUUUAAUUUUAAAUAUUAGUUUUAUAUAUAUUAUAACAAAUUUUAUUAAAUUGUUGUUUAAAAAUUUUUAUUCUGGAAAUGUUUGUAUGUGACCAAAUUAAAUUAUUUAGUGUUAUAUUUUAAAAAUAUUAUUUAAUAUAUCAUAUUUCAGUUUGGUGUUUUUAUUUUUAUAACAAAAAGUCAAAACAUAAAAUGUUACAACCAUUAAAUUAUUAUUUAUUUUUUUGAUAUAAAAUUAAUCUGAUAAUUUCAAAAAUAAUUGGGAUAUGCUAUUUACAAUUUUAAAAUUAAUUACUAAAAUAUAUAUAUAUAUAUAUAUAUAUAUAUAUAUAAUCUGGUAGAGAUUAGAUAUGUUAAACAAUAAAAAAUAAUAGCAUAAGGGAAAUAUAUUUGGUUUUUCUUAGAAAUGUUAUUGUUUAGAUGUAGAUUGUUUAUUUUCUGUUAGGUAAAUAUUAUAUAUGAGUAAAUUUAGGAUAUUUAGUUAAGUUUCUAAUUAUUGGUCUAACAUAGAAAAAUGGUGGUCCUAAAUUACUAGACUAGAUUUUACACAUUUUAUUCUGAAAAUGCUUGUAUGUGACCAAAUUAAACUAUUUAAUAUUAUAUGUUUAAAAUAUUAUUUUAUUUGAUAUAUCAUAUUUCAGUUUGGUGUUUUUAGUUUAACAACAAAAAUCAAACAUAAAAUGUUACAACUAAUAAAUGAUUAAUUAUUUUGUUUUAUAAAAAAAAUCAAUCUGAUAAUUUCAAAAGGAAUUAGGAUAUACUAUUUAAUUUUAAAAUUAAUUACUGAAAUAUAUAUAUAAUUUGGUCUAGAUUAAAUAUGAUAAACAAUAAAGAAUAAUAGCAUAAUGGAAAUAUAUUUGGUUUUUCUUAGAAAUGCUAUUGUUUAGAUGUAUAUUGUUUAAAAAGUCAAAUUUAAAUUCUCUCUCUUCUUCGUUUUUCCUCUAACCUCUCUCUAGCGUCUUCAACAAAAGAAUUAGCUUUCCGGUGGCCGGUGGCGUCGCCGCCGGUCACCAACCUCCAGUUUUUUUGUUUGUAAAUGUUUUCGCUUGGCGAGUUACUUCUUCCGCUUGUCGGAUUAACUUUUCGCAUGGCGAUUUUUGUUGUGUUUUCUCGGUUCGAGACAUAGCUUUGCUUCAUGUUUCUUUCUUAUCUCUGUUUAUUCGGAUCGAUUAAUAAAAAUCAAGUUUGUGUCUGGCUUUCCACUCUGCACUCAGUUUUAUUCCGUUUAGAUACUGAGCCAAGAACCGUUUUUACCGCUCACUCAGAUCUCUUACUAGGAGCAUCAGUCUUCGUUUUUAUUGCAGCCGUCUAUGACAUGUUACGAAGCAUCUCUGAAGCAAGAAAGAUGAGUUUAAAAGGUGGCCUCGAAUCGUGUAUGAAGAGAUUCAGAAGCGCUGGCGUUUCCAAACGGUCCGGCAAAGGGUCUUGUUUCAUCGAGAUUCAAGCUUCCUCUGGUUUAACUACGGUGAUUAUGGUUUUCUUUGCUCAUAUAUCUGCGGUUAAAGUGGAAGGUGUUCUAUAUUUGGUAUCGGAAUCCCCCUAAAUGAAGCAACUUUACUAUCUUUUGGCGGAAUUAAGCGGCGGAGAGAUAAAGAUGGAGAGGCGUUUUCGAGAAGCUGGCGGUGGCGAUGUUUGGCGGUGCAGUCGAGAUUGCCGCCCCACUCACAUGAAACAUGCGUCCCAGAGACGUGGCUUCGGAUUGAUCACUCGUCAACACGUGGCAAAACUUCCGGAAGCUCUCUAUUUGGGCUUUAAUGUUUAAUUAAGCUUUCUUCAGCUGUAUAAUUAUCUGAUACCAAAUGUAUAAUGUCCAAUGGGCCAUAUCAAUGAAACUUCAGUUGACAAAAAAAAGAUGUAUAUUGUUUAUUUUUUUCUGUUAGGUUAAUAUCAUAUAUGAGUAAAUUUAGGAUAUUUUGUUAAGUUUCUAAUUAGUGGUCUAACAUAGACUUUUGUAUGGUAGAUAAAUUAGGACCCUAAAUUAAUAGAUUAGAUGCUACAUGUCAUGUUCAUUCACUUAACUAGCCACCUAGACCUAGUCAUGCUACCAACAAUAUUCCAAUCAAGCAAGAACAAUCAAUAAAUAACAACCAUGACAUCAAUCAACAUCACCAUAUCUCAUACUUUAUUUACUGUAAAACAACAAGCAUAACCACAACGCACCUUGGCAUUUAGAACAAGAUAAAGAUAUUUUAUGGGUCACAUCGGGUUUUCGGAUCUCCUAAAUAAAAUAUGGGUUCUAGGAUAGACUGGCAAUAAUCAGGAAAAAUAUAAUUUCAGAUUUGGAUUUAGGACGCAAAACUAAGCCGGAGAGGAAAGGUUAUGUAGCAUCCCCGAUCCUGGAUAGGAUCGUCCGGGACGAGUCAUGGUGCGAGGAAACACACCAAUCAGGUCACAUAACCUAAAGACAAGCGUAUCAUGGUCCAAAACGUGGUUAAGGGAAUCAGGUAGCUGGAACGUAACCAAAAUAAGGCAGAGGCAAGCUCAAAGGAGCUGGACAAGUGAGCUGGUAGCUGGACGAGAUCCGGGUGAAGCUCGAUGAAGUGAGUGAUCAGAAUGGAUCAUGGGAAAACUAAGUCUAGGUCUUGAAAUAGACCAAGGGACUUAGAAGGAUUGAAGAAGAUAAAGGAAUCAAGCUGGACACAGUGUAUAGCAGCUGAGCGAUGCAGUAAGCAAGCUCGACCAGCUAGGUGAAGUGUAGUAUAGCUCGGUGUAGCUCACUGAAGUGUAGGUCAGCUCCCUGAGCUGGAUUGUCUAGCCCACUCAGCUAAGUCAGCUGGGGAUCAGCUCAACUCAGCUGGACUGAGUGUUCAGGUCUCGGGCAGUUGGGCCGGGUCUGGACAGUGGCCGGGCCAUGUGGGCCACCCGUGUGUGCCGAUGGGCUGGUUGGCUCUUGGGAUUGAGCCAGGAGCAUGGGAAUCCCUGUGAGAUUGCUUUGGACAUUUCCAGGAGUGGUUUGACAGUUCUAGGACGUCUUGUAACUGCCAGAGGCGUAAGGGUGUGAUCUGGACCAUUGAUUAAAUCAAUGGCCAGAAAUGAUAUCGAAGGGAUGCAAUGGUUAAGAAGUGACCACCCCUUCUCCUAUAUAAGGAAGUCAAGUCCGUGACUUUUCAGGCACGCCAGGGCUUCCUCCUACACCCUGAAACACAAAGAAAAACAUAGAAAAGACAGAGUUGGUCGGAUCCAACAUCCAACCCCAAGAGUGGUGUGAAGACCACAAAGAGGCAGUUUUGGGAAAGAUCAGAGGGGAAGUUAUGAACGACUCUUUGAUUGGUUUUGAUUCAUGUUGACAUCACCCAAAGCAUAUUCCAGGACUUGAGAACACACGCAAAUAGUCAGGGAAAAAGAGGGAUGGCUGGAUUCCACUUCCUAUGGCCAAGAGAGCCUUAAGGAGAGAGGUGUGUGGGAAGGUAGUUUCAUGGGAGUUGGGAACGACCCUGUGAUGGUGUUUUCUCAUGGAUGAUCACGUCCUAGGCUUCCUCUAUGUCUAGGGAACACACGCAAAUGGUCAGGAGAGAAGGUAGAAGGCCGGACUCCAUUUCCAAUGGCAUGGACAACCUUGAAGGCGGAUGCAGUGCAGAAAUCGGUUUGAUGGGAGAUCAAUGGAAGGGAACAUUGGUGCGACCCAUAGAGAUAUCCUAUCAAUACUGGAAGUAUAUGAUAAGGUUUGAUAGAGGCGUGCACUGGAGUUGCAUGGCCGAACACAAUAAGAGGAGGCACAUGAUCUAAUCAGAUCAUGUAUACGGUAACCAAUUUUAUAAUUAUUUUCUAGUUUGUAUUUCUGUAUCUUGUGGUGCAGUUAAGGCGAAGUAUGGCACGCCCCUUGGAGACCAUAUGUGCUGAUGUAAACUAAGGAUCUAGGACCCUGAGAGAAGGACGGAUCUUAGUUGAUCUAACUCAUCCAUGUGGGAUGGAAGUUAGAGGCCACUCAUUGGAUAGUGAUCCAUGAUGGAUCAUGGUGUGUGUUGGAUCUGAUCAUGGUGUGAAUCAAUGAUCCGACUCAUGGAGGAGACACAUGGGGGUCCUAGUACAUGAGGAACCAUGUGGAGUGCAAGGUCCAAUUCGUUUGGAACCAGCAGCAAGCCGUGGAGGUGAGUAAGGCCAGUACUAAGUGGCAUAAACCACAAGUAUGGGGUCGGGUGUGUUUAUCCAAGGAAUGCCGUGUGUUAUCUGGUCUUGGGCAAGGAUGGACGACCUGAUCCAUAGGUGAUGGAUCAAGGUGUCUGAUCUGAUUGAUCAGAGGAUGCACCGGUUGUAAGAGCAAGAUUGAUCGGGUUCACUGGGACAUGGUUCCAUGGCCGGUUAGGUAAGUGUGAAGACUCAUCAGUUCUGAGUCAUGUGGGGUGGUUGGUUGAUAGAAUUAGGAUCUGAUGGGCAUUAUUAGUCCAUGAGAGGACUUGGCUCCAGGGGAGUAUACGCUUAAUACUUAAUAGCACUGAAUUUUAAUUAAUUUUUGGAGCACUUUUGGAAGUGGCCAGAAAUGUAGCUGAAGACUUCCCAAAGGUACUUGGUCUGUGGGGAUGGUUGGCUGAGUGACUAAGUACCAAAGGGAAGAGUUUAUGCAGGUAUAAGAGAGCUGUACGAGUAGACGGGGAGCUGGUCGAAGCUACCUCACAGCUCUAUCAGCUGGACGAGAGUGAUGGAACCUCAAGUGAAGUGGUUCAGUUCAGCUAGUUGGAUGAGCUAGCUAAACAGCUAAGUCAGCUGGGAAAAUGAGCUAACAAGCUCCGUGGAUGUGGCAAAGGUAUGAUCUAGCAAUGUUGCAUAGAUCUAGGUAGAAUGGUUAUGGGAAUGGAACCUCUGAUUUGUAUGACUUAAUUUGGAAUCGGGAUUGACCUUGGAGCUAGCUGGUAGUUGAGUAUACUAACCAUUAGCUGAGGUGAUUCGACCAGACAAGUAUUAUAUUGGUCUUAGACCAAUGGUUAAGUAGAUAUUAUUCCGCUGUGCAUAAGUUGAAAUGAUCUAAGCUAGGAAAUGACUAAGAUAGUCUUAAGCUAAGAUCUAAGUUAGCCCUCGCCUAUGGGCGAUAAUAUAGAGGGCAAAAUUUUGAGAGGUUCGGUCAGUGUAUGGACCGAGCGACGUGAGGUAUCGACCGCGGCUUAGGCAGCCGGGUCGGGGCCUUACAAGUUGGUAUCAGAGCAUGCUUGAUCCUGUUAAGGACAGUGCUCAAAGAUGUUGAGUUCCAAACCGAAAUUAUUUCUGAAAACUGAGAUGACUUGGAACCUUGGCUGUGGUGAGACAAGAGAGAGUUGAGGUAAGAUUGGGUUACAUGCUUGAGUUGAGAAGAGUUUCCAGCAAUUGUCUUAUUUUCAAAAACCAUAAAAGAGUCCAAACUUUUUAAAAAUGGGUGGACGUAAGACAAUUGUUAAGUUUGAAAUAGUAGAAAUUCCAAUCCAAACUCAACUUUGUUAUUCAAGACAAACUUCGAUUACAACCUUAGACAACAAUUCAAGGAGUCUCUGUCUCUUGAUAUCAAUUCUUCUCUUACGAAACUCUGCUAGUGAAUCGCCUCAAGACUAUCGUCUCCACUAUUAUUUUCAUAUAACAAAUCAGAUAAAACUAAAAUAAAAGAAUACAAACACUUAUAUGAAAUUUUAAGUUUAUAACUGCCAAAAACUCUCUACGAGUCAGAGUCUUUCAUUCCACUGCUUUUUUGAACUUGAUUAGAAGUUCCCACCUGUUCCUCUUGGUUCUCUACUUCCUUUGACUCCAGCACUCUUUUCCCUUGUUUCUUCUUCGGGUAAUACACAUGUAAAGGUGUAUCAACAAUGCAACUCCAAAGCUUGCAGCAACAAGUGCCCCCAUCUUUGGUUCAUAAAAUGUCUCUCAAAGAGAUUGAAAACAAGAAAGCCAAGGGAAUCUGUUAUUGAUGUGGUGCCAAAGAUAAUCAUGGGCAUCAAUGUUCGGGCAAAGAGCUGAAAAUAAUGUUUAUAGACAUGGAAUAGUGAAGACAACUUUGAGAAUGGAGAUCCAAAACUGUUUCAGAUUACAAGUGUCCUUUAACAUGAUGAUGUGCAAUAACCAAAAGAAAAAUCAACAACACCAAAGAAAGCAACAAUCCCCAAAGGACCAAACAAGGGAAUCACAUGAGGCAUUGUCGAAGCAAAUUCCAGUCUCACCAUGAGGACAAGAUGAAAGUGUUGAUAGACCCCAAACUCCUUGAAAAGUGAAAACAUUUACUUGGAGAGGAACAUUUAAAAUUUGAAAAAGGUGUAGAUAAUCCCCUAUAUAUUAAUCUUGGAGCAUUACAACAUAUUUUUGUAGCCAAUUGUCAUCACGAGAAUGAUACAAAUGAUCAUAUAUCUUAGGGGUAGACGCUCGGAUAUACUUUUGGGUUCGUAUCGGGUAUUUCAGUAUAAAGGUAUAGAACCCAUUCGGGUAUUUUUACAUUUCAAGUCGGGUUUGGAUAUUUUGGGUUGGGUUCAUAUAUUUAAAUUUUGAAGAAAAAAUAAAAUAAAUUAUUCAUUGUUUAAGUUUUUCGUAUUUAAAAUAUAUUUUAACUUAACUGGUUUUCUAAUUUUUAAAAGACUAAACUAUUAAUAGGUUAGAAAGACAGUAAUUUAGUUGUUGUUUUGAAAUUUUAGAUGCAACUUUUGUUAAUACAAUAAACAAGAGCUUGAUAUGUAUUUUAAGUGAGUAGCAAAUGAUUUUGUCCAUAAUUAUAUUUAUAUUAUCUAAUUUUGAGCAAUAAGCAUCAUUAAUAUAAAUAUUUUGAAUAAAAUGAGAAAAAUAAACUACAAAUAUAGGGAUAAAUAUAUUUAUAUUUGGCUAUCUUCGGAUAUCCGUUCGGAUUCAGAUAUUACCCGAACUAGUAAAUAAGUAAUUUUUUUUAUUGUUCUUGAAUUAGAUAAUUUUAGCCCGAGCUGGUGAAUAUAUACUAGACAUGCAUUUAUAUUUCGAGUAUGUAUUUAUAUUAUAUAACAGCUUGAUAUAUUAGAUUUGAACAUUAACAUGUUAAUAUAGUUUGCCGGUGAUUUUUUUUUCAAAAUUUUGAUUCUUAGAUAUGUAUCUGGAGUGAAACUAAUUUUUACAGAUGUCUAUUUUUUUUAAAUUGACACUUAUGUAAUUCACCGAAUUCAUAGAAGAAGUUAAAAAAAGAAACUUAACUCAUAUCAAUGAAACAAAGACUGGAACGAAAGAAUAAUUUUAUAGAGGUAUAAAAUGAAAUCACUUAUGAAGAGUCAAUAGUAAAAAAAAUCGAAAGCAGAAAACCUAAUCCCCAUUUGUCAUAAUACAAUCGAUGUUGCCUAUUUGGUUUUGGUGAUUUGUGUCAGCCGCAAAACUUAAUUUUUUUUGUGCAUAUGAAGUCUUAAAAUUUUUAAAAUGAGAUAUAAUAUGUUAACUAUUCAACAACGAUGAUAUAUUUAAAAGACCAACAUUUGUAUUCGUCAUUUUAUAAUCGAUAAAAAUUUUAGUAUUGCAAAAUGUUAAAACUAUUUAAUAAAUAAACACUAUUAUAAAAACUCACUGUCAUCUGGUUUAGAAUAUUUAGAAAUUUCACAUAUUUAUUGUUAGUUUCUUUAUGAUUAAAAUUUCCUUUAUGUAAUGCUUGUACCAGGGCUUAUCUAAAAUAAUAAAGCUGAGUUUUCUCUCACCACAGGCUUCCACGACAUCAAAGAGAGGGGUGCUUUUCGCGACACGUGGCAGCUCGGCAGUGUGUCUGUGUUUCCCACGCUCUCUCUUCUUUCUCGUGCGUCAUGGGGUUGUGUACUCGCGUUUGUCACACCAGCAAAUAGUUGGGCUUCUAAAUAAAGGCUCCUCUUUUGUUUCUAUUGUUUUGUGGGCCUAUCGCGUUUUUCUGUUAUAUUAUUCAGGCCGAACUCAGCCGUCGCUUCCUUUCUCUUCAUGUUUUCUCUUCAUGUGAUUCCGUAUCCGUUUUGAUUUUCAUGACCCGUGACAGAUUAAAAUUUUUAGUUUUCGAAUGGUUUGGUUACUUCUGUUGGACUGGGCCUUUUUUAUCUUUUGUUUCUAUUUAAAAUUUUAUUAAUAUAACGAAGUCCAAUCUGACAAUUAAAGAAAAAAAAAACUUAACAAUCAAGACCUUUCGUUGUCGAUCUUCCUCUGCUCACAUCCAGUAGACUCCAACACUGAAAACUUAACUGAGUUGUAACGCUUUCGUCGUCAUUGAAACCUUCUCAUAAAGUUUGGCCAUUACUCUCUCAUUCAAGCUUUCUCCCACGAUGUUGAUUUUAAUACCCCUUUCUUUCAUAACGUCCAUCGCCAACCCCUAAUUUCGAUGAAGGGAUGAAGAAAACUCGAACUCUCCUUACUUCACCAGAUUCAACCCUUCUUCUUCCUUACACACACAGAAAGUAAGAAUGGUUUCAUCUCAUAUUUUUCUUUUUAAUUUGAAUCCCGGUUGUUGCUCUCUAACAGUGGUGAUGUGUCUUCUGCAUUUCUGGGAAGCACAAAGUGUUAAGAAAAAAGGCAAGCUGAUGGGAGUUCACAUGCUUCUGCUUAAUGAGAAGAUUUGGCUCCUCUUUUUACCUUGACUUUGUAGUAACAAGAUUCGACAGAUCUGCACUUUCUCCUUUUCCCUUUAGGCUAUGAGUUUUUGAGCUAUGCAUCGUGGUUUAGAUUUCUAUUUCUUAUUUGUUUUCAACUGUUUAAGAAUCUCUCAAAAUUCAUUCCGCAAAGUCAAAAACUUUCUCCAGAUUUUCAGGUAAAGUAACUUGCAAAAUCUUAACUUCCUCUGUUCUCUAUGUCUCUUUAAUGUUUGAUUGAUAUUUUUGCAGCUGAGGCCUUGCAACAACUUAAUCCUACAUUGAAGAGACUCUCAAGAGGCCCUUGCUGCUUAAAAAGCUUCUUGAAUAGGUCUUUGAUGCUCUCAAUGUUGACCUGGUUUUAACCGUUCAUUCUACUCAAUCCAAUCAUUGGCCUUUGCUCCAAAAGUUUGGGAGGUCUGUAGACCUUUUUCUGAAUGUCUAUGCUUCAUAAAUGAUGUGUUUUUUCAAUGUUAUCAGGAUAUGUGAUUGUUUUACAUAGUUAUAUGUAAAGAACUUUACUCCUAAUGAUAAAAAGAACUCAAUGAAGCUCUGCAACAAGAGAUUCAAGAUGCAUUUCUCAAGGAUGAAAGCUGAAGAAUUCCAAUUUCCACCUACACCACAAGAUGAAAUGAGUGCGGGUAUGAGCUACUUCCAUGAAACAAGCUGGAAGGAAGUUCUGAAAUUCUUGAGACGUGAUUACACGGCUCUGAAGAACAUUUGAAUCAACGAGAUUUUUCUUCUUGCAUGGGUGGAGACCAUGAUGGUUCACUCUUAUUUCUUUCUUUUCUUAGAUCAUGAAAAGACAGAAUUGUUUUAACUGUUCACAUUUUUGAAUCCAUGAAACCCCCAGGUAAAUGAAGUUACAAAAAAUAUAUGCUUACGAGCCUGGUUCGAGGUGGGGGAAUCGGUUCACUAACGGUUCUGUAUAUAAAUGGCAAAUUGAUUAAGUCUUUUUUUAACUACUA